CAAUUUCAUUCAUACAUUUCAUUUUAGUUGUCAAAGUCAAAUUGUUAAAACGUACGUACAGUACGUCCGUGAUUUGUUUACUCUGUUAAAAUCUGAGGCUAAAAUUAUGUGAUUUUAAUUUUCGUAUCUUCUUUCUUUCGUUAAUGAGUAAAUAAAUGGGCCAGGGAAAAUAAUUUACAGUCAUCUAUAUCUUAUAACAGUACUAGAAGUGAAUUCGGUUGGCUCACAAAAUUUCUGCGUCCUGUAACAAUGGAAUCUGAUAUUUUAAACUGGAGUAACGAAGAUGUGUUGGAAUUAUUGCACAAAGACAAAAUUACAGGCUAUAUUGUAGAUAUAUGUAAAUCACACGAUAUAGACGGACAGUGUCUUCUCUCUUUUAUUGAUCGAGAUUUCUAUGAGUACCCAUUUGAUCAGCUGAAACUUGGCGAGAGGAAGAGGUUCAUUCUUUUCGUGAAGAGGCUGCAGAAGAGCAAUCGAAAUGCUAUGUUCGAACUGGGUCUCUGCGACGAGAACCUCACAAAUCCAUCCACAAAUAUAAAUUUUCUGGGAACAAAUUUGUCCCACCUUAGUUAUAAUUUACACAACAGAGUUCCAAAUGAGUUUGCGUAUGAGAGGAAUACGGAUUGUGUGGCCAAUUUCAAUCCUGAAGUAAAAGCUUCCAAACUAAAACCUGAAAUCUGGAAAACAGCCUUAGCAUUAGGCUACGUAUUCCUCGUCACGUGGGUGACCGCAGUCGUGAUGGUGAUAGUUCACGAUAAAGUGCCAGACAUGAAAAAAUACCCUCCGUUGCCGGAUUUGUUCCUGGACAAUGUACCACACAUACCGUGGGCAUUCGACAUGUGCGAAAUCACGGGCUCCCUGCUGUUGGCUAUAUGGCUUGUAGUCCUAUUCUUCCAUAAACAUAGAUUCAUAAUAUUACGGCGAUUCUUCGCUCUCGCCGGCACCGUGUUCCUCCUGCGGUGUUUCACAAUGCUGAUCACGUCUUUAUCCGUGCCCGGGUCCCACCUGAAGUGCGAGCCCCGCUCGUACCCGCCCGCGGACGACCUCACGGUGUGGGGCCGGCGGCUGCGGCAGGCCUACGAUAUCUGGUCCGGCGCCGGGAUGUCGGUGCGCGGAGUCCGGACCUGCGGGGAUUACAUGUUCUCGGGGCACACUGUAGCUCUGACUCUGCUCAACUUCUUCAUCACUGAAUACACACCCCGCAGCCUGUACCUCCUCCACAUCUUAACAUGGGUGAUGAACAUGUUCGGCAUCUUCUUCAUCCUGGCCGCGCACGAGCACUACUCCAUAGACGUGUUCAUCGCGUUCUACAUCACCUCGCGGCUGUUCCUCUACUACCACACCCUGAGCAACAACCAGGCGCUCAUGCAGAACGACUCCUCAAGAACUCGCAUUUGGUUCCCGCUACUAUCGUUCUUCGAGUCUGAAGUGGACGGCAUUGUGCCCAACGACUACGAGGGUCCAGUCACGAUCCUCAACAACCUGAAGCAGUGGAGUCUUCAGCUGUUGACGGACGUCAGGGACUCCUCCAUGGCCAGGAUAGCGGGGUCCAAACUGCAGGAGGGGGCCGCUAUGGGUGAACACUCUGUUGUCAGGCUCGUCGACGGCAUCAAAAGAAACUUGAGUCUCAUAGAAGAGUUCAAAACCUCCCGGCAACGGCUCGGCAUAGACAAAAACAUCCAAGCGUCCCUGCUGGAGGACCAUUUGGAUGCAGAAAUUACCCACAGGAACCUAGGGGAUCUCGCAGAAAAUAGUUUGCUCCGGGAUUUCAGCAACCCCCCUUCACCCGUUACCAAAAAGAGUAUAUGAAAACUAUUAGAGGCUAUUUAGACACAUUCAUUCCGAUAAAAGUUGUCUGUAAGACGGAUUUGUAUUGCUAUCCUUGUUUAACUCAUCUGAUCAAUGUGAGACGGCAGUACAAAAUGGCCGAUUGACAGACGACUUUUGGUUAGUUUUAGAAGCGUUUAGUGACCUGUUUACAUUUCCAUUUUAGAUUUUAUAUAACGUGUUAUUAUUCUAUGUUUAUUUAACUGUAAGUUAAAUGUUAAGAAAUUUAUUUGCUCAAAGUACCUACUCGAAUAAAUUACU